UACCCGCGGAAUGGCUGCCGAGUAUUUGGACGCCGAUGUUAGUCCGUUUAAUGGCGAAAAAUAAUUCCAAACCCACAUGUGAUCUAAACCCAAUUCUCUCGUGCCAAGAUGCUCUUUCGGUACCAAGUUCAGGAGAUCUUUCCCUCUAUGCAUUUCCCGCCAAAGAGUGCAUAGGGCCCCACUCGGACAGUCCAUACAGUGUUUCUUCUUCAGGGAGCUUGGACACAGAGGCCUUCUCUCUUUUAGUCAAGUGUUGUGUAGGUGGUGAGUUGUGCGCUGAGAUGGAGCUCCUCUGUGAAGCACGCCUGGCCUGUGAGGUCACAAACUUGCCAAAUCCUGAGUUUCCUACCAAGAAAGUGCCUGAGUCCUCUACAGCCGUGGAGACGGUUGGCAUGGUGUGUGAAGCACAAAGUGAAGGGGAGAUGGACCACAGCAGCAGCAGCAGCAGCAGCAGCGGCAGUGGUGACGGUGAGGGCGGGGGGCAGGCAGCUAGUGGAGGAGGAGCCGCCCCGCCGGAGUCCCCGGAGGGAUGUGGUGGGGGAUGGGGGGCCGGAGCUGACCCCCUGCUGCCCCACUGCCCCGCCAAGUCUUUGUCUGUGAUAUUCAGCUCCGUGCCGCCGGGCUGCCGCCCCGCCGGGGGGGAGCAGCCCCGGCUCCCGGGGCCCAGCCGUCCGUCCUCGACCACUGUCCCCGGGGCCCCCGGGGCGGCCCCCCCGGCGGCGGCGGCGGCCGCACACUCGCCCGCACAGGCCAGUCUCAACAUUCCUGGCUCAAUGGCCACCACCUCCGCCACUGGCCACCUCCAGGGUAACGGCCCAAGCUUUAACCGGGAGCCCGGCGCGGCCCGCCCCGGCCGGACCCACCCAAGUGCAACCUGCAACCAAUACGCUUCAUUUCCUACUUCAUCCACGCCCCGGGCGGCCGGCCGGCCCGGAAAGUUUGGUUUUGCUUCCUUCCCCCGCGGGGCGGUGCGGGUGAACCAGUGGGGCAUUCCCCUGGGACUGGGGCUGGCCGGGGGAGGGGAGAGUGCGGCCAAUGGCUGGGGCGGCUCAGCCACCCAGACGGCCAGCUGGGGUGGCUCGGGAAGCGGCCAGUCCACCUCCCAGGGCCAGUGGGGGGGUGGUCCCAACCGGGGCGGGGGGGCACCCAACACCUCCCCGGCCCAGGGUAACAGUCUCAAGCCGACCCAGCAGAGCGGUGGCCCUGGCCAGCAGCCGGGGUCCCCCGCAGGACAGCAGAAUGCCCAGGGCGGCAGCAGCGGUGGCGGGGGCCAACAGGGCGGCCCGUCGGCGCAGCAGCAGGGCCAGCAGGGCGGCGGCAGCGGCGGCAGCAGCGGUGGCGGGAACAACACAUGGGCACAGGCUGCCGGGAAGGGUCUAGGGGGGUGGGGGUGGGGGAUCUGGGGGGGGGGCGGUUCAGCGUCGGGGGACGCACAGAAGCGGCACAUGGAGCAGCAGCUGCAGAGCAUCCGUGAGGCCUUGCUGAGCAGCGAGGGCUGGGGCGGCGAGAACGUCAACCAGGACACCGCCUGGGACCUCCCCAGCAGCCCCGAGCCCCCCAAGGACGCCACCGCCGCUGCUGCCACCGCCACCGCACCUCACUUCAAGCUGAACGUGAACAACGGCUGUGACCUUUGGGAGAACAACCUGCGCAACGGCGGGGUGGCGCCCCCCAAGGCCCAGCAGGCCCCCUGGGGCCACACCCCCAACACAAACUACGGUGGCACCUGGGGCGAGGACGACGACGCCGCUGACUCUUCCAACGUGUGGACCGGCGUCCCUGCCGCCAACCCCCACUGGGCCACCGCCGCCGCUGCCGCCAACCAGCCCAACCCCAACAUGUGGGGCGGUGGCGGCGGUGGGGGCGGGGGCGGUGCCAACUCCAGCUCCGGCCCACCAAAGAAGAACAUCGACUGGACCACCGGCAGCAGUGGUGGCAGUGGCGGCGGCAGCAGUGGUGGCGGCGGUGGCGGUGGUGGCGGCGGCAGCGGCUCCAGUGGGUGGGGUGACCAUGGCCCUCAGCGCUCGGCCAUCGAGAACCCCGCCAGUGACUGGGGCCCCGGCGGCCCUCACAAGCCAGCCCCACAUGUGGGCCACUCUGGCCCUCACAGCGGCCCCCACCCUGGCCCACACAGCGGCCCACACUCCGGCCCUCACGGCGGCCCACACACCGGCUCACACUCCGGGCCACACUCUGGCCCACACAAUGGCCCACACGGCGGCCCACACAACGGUCCACACGGCGGCCCUCACGGGCCACACUCCGGCCCACACGGCGGUCCAAACACAGGACCACACGGUGGCCCACACACCGGCCCCCACGGCGGCCUGACCCACGGCGUGCCCCCUGGUGGCCCCAGCGGUCCUGCCCAGUGGAACGGCCCCAAGGACAUGAAGCCCAGCGGCCCCAGUGGUCCCAGUGGCCCCAGCGGGUGGGAGGAGCCAUCCCCGCCCUCCCAGCGGCGGGACGACGGCACGGCAGUGUGGGGCAACCCGCAGCAGCAGCCAAACGUGUCCCGCUGGACCGACAUGCCCACCGCCAACAUGAUGGGCCGCCCCGGCAUGCCUGGACCACAGCAGAGACGCAUGCCCGGACCCCCCGUCCACGCUGCCAUCAGGCCUGAUCAGCGCUGGGGACAGAAUGAGGGGUGCCUGCGUCGCAAUGGCAGCUGGAGUGACUCUCCACACGACGGCGGCGGCAGCGGCAUGUGGGUGGAGGAGCCCAAGUCUGGCGGAUGGGGGGAGCAACCCAUCACACCCCCCUCCUGGGGCACCAAGCCCAAGACACCCACCGGUGGCCCCGGCGGCCCCAUAGGCUGGGCUGAGCCAGAGGUUGACCUGCAGCAGGGCUGGACUCACCACAACAAGGUGGGCGGUUACACUCCUCUUCUCGAUAUUCGCGCGCCAAAAACCAUAAUUCCAGAGUCCCACUUCUUCGGUAUCCCUAAGGGUGUUACGAAAGACAUUAUCUGCAACACCAAGCAGUUUCGUACCCUACUGGAGAUGGGUUAUAAGAAGGAGGACAUCGAGGCAGCGCUGAGGAACAACAACAUGGCGCUGGACGACUCGUUGAUGGAACUUGGCAACCGCGGUGGUGGUGGCGGUGAGGCAUGGAGGACAGGCCUAGAGGAACAUGCACCGUUUGAUAUUAACAAUCCAAACUUCCAGAGGUUCCCCCCUGGCCCACACCAUCUGCCCUUCCCCUCGCAGGGCGGCUCUGGAAACGCACCUCAUGUCCGCGCGCUGAUGCAACAUAUCCAGACAGCGGUCCAGGCUGGCUACCUCAACCCGCAGAUCCUGAACCAGCCGCUGGCCCCGACCACCCUAGUACUGCUUAAUCACAUGCUAAACCACAUCAACGUCCUGCAGAAGUUCUCCCAGCAGCAGGCCCUCUGUCAGGCACACGCACACCUCAACAAGAACUCCUCCACCACCCUGCUGCAGCUCAACAUCAACAUCACCAAGACCAAACAGCAAAUACAGAACCUGCAGAACCAGAUAGCAGCACAGCAGGCCCUGUACGUGAAGCAGCAGCAGCAGCACCAACAGCUUCACCCGCACCUCACAGCCACAGGGCCGCCGGGAACACAAGAUUUUUUCUCAAAGCCAAGUCUUCCAGAUCAAAUCUACGGCAGCUUUAACCAACUCUCCGUCAGCGACAACCCCGCCGCCGCCGCUGCUGCCGCCGCUGUCAGUGCCGGGACCGGCAGUCGCCUCCACCAGCACUGGAAACUUCCCUCACCAGAUGACGCUGACUUUGUGCGCACCCCCGGCGGUCCAGGGAAGCCAAGCAUGCCACAGUCACACCCUUCGCCAAAUUUAACACCUCUCCUUGGCACCUCCAGCAGUACCUGGUCCCUGAACCGCACCUCUGAGUCAGGGUGGCCAGAGACGAACACAGUGGCCAGCGACAACAGCCCCAGUGGUGUUGUAGAUAAGGGGGUGCCAAACAUGGACACAUCGCAGUGGGCCACAUCAUCCCAGGCCAAUGUGUCUGGAUCCUAUGGUUUAGAUAUAAAGCCUUUUGAGCCCGGCAAGCCUUGGCUGAUGAAGAAUAUUGAGGAUGACCCCAACAUCACCCCAGGGUCGGUCACACGCUCGCCACUGUCCCUGAACAUCAAGGAUUCGGAACUGCUGUCCUCUAUUAGCAAGACACCCACCACCAACACAGUGUCUGACAUGACUAGCCACUUGCCAUCACUCUCUCUCUCUUCAAACACCUGGAGCUUUAAUCCGGGGCCUGGACACCACACCGCCAACUCCCCGCUGUCUGUGGACAGCAAGUUGGGCAGCGGCGGCGGCAGCAAGGCGGGGUCCGGGUGGAGUGAGGGGGGACACGAUGGCAGCACAACCCUGGCCUCAGAGCUGUGGGGCGCCCCAGGGAACAAGCUGAGGGGCCCUCCGCCUGGACUCAUGGCUGGCAGCGUCCCCAAGAGUGGUGUGGUGGGGGGCGGUGGCAGCGGCAGCGGUGGGGGGGCAUGGGGGGCCGCCCUGAGCCGCUCGACUUCCUGGUCCGGCGAUCAGCACCACAACCCCCAAAACAGUGCCUUACAUUCUGCGGCAGCCGUCGCCUCGUCGGGGGGGUGGACCAACAGCCAGCCCCCCUCCACCUGGCUCAUCCUCAAGAACCUCACCCCACAGAUUGACGGUUCCACACUGAAGACUCUAUGCAUGCAGCACGGCCCCCUCGUCAACUUCUACCUGUCCCUCAAUCACGGCUUUGCUUUGGUCAACUACGGAUCACGAGAGGAGGCUGCCAAGGCCCAGGGAAAUCUGAAUAACUGUCUUCUAAGCAACACAACAAUCUUAGCUGAGUUUGCCAGUGAUAGUGAUGUGAAGCAGGUAAUGGGGCAACCUACACACCAAGGACAAGCUGCCCCGCCCACCCCUGCCCCGAAUAACUCCUCCAGCUGGGGCGGGUCAGGGCGUGGGUCCACCCCGACGUCGCAGCCUUCAUCCGGGGCCAAGGUCGACUCAUGGGGCAAUGGAGGAGUGCUUCAAAUCUCUGGGGCAACAGUGGAGUUGUUGGUUCGUCUCUCUGGGGAGGCAGCAGUAUCAGUGAGGGGGGCGAGCAGCACCGCACCACCCCCUCCUCCCUCAAGCCAUAUCUCCCAGACGGCCUCCUCACCUCUGAGUCUAUCUGAGAAGCUCCAAAGGUCAUCUAAGGUCAACUAUCCCAGGGUAAGCCAACGCACCCAUGCCCUGAGGUUAGUUAUUGUUCCCCAGCCCCCCUGUGACCCCCUGUGACCCCUCUCCAACCCCAGUCCCCCCCACACCCCCCCCCAAGCUGCUCUGUGUGUAUAUCAUCUGAGACACUUGCCUUAAAAGACUUAGCUACAAGCACACACACGCACACAUACACACACACGCACACAGCUUGCACACACACACGUACACACACACACACGCGUACACACAGCCAGUGAGAACAAUAAACAAAGGAUUGAAGACAUUUUAAGCAAAAUAAUUAUCUUCAAAAGAGAGCGAGAGAGAGAGAGCGAGAGAGAGAGAGAGAGAGAGAGAGAGAGUGAGUUUUAAGAUAGAAACAAAACACAAAUAUAGACUGAAGAUUUAAGAAAACAAAAUAUAUAUAUAAAAACAAAAAUGCUUAAAAAAAAAAUGUUUCGGAAUGGCCACGCUCCUUCCCCCGCCCCGCCCCAGGCCCGGCGAGCCCUGGGGCGUGGCGGGGCGGGGCGGGGCAGCGGUCAAUAGAAGGUGGAGCUUAAAGGUUCAAGCGCUGUGACUCUUAUACAAAGUUACUCAUUAACUGACAACAUAAAAGUCGACCAUUAUUAUUGUAGUACUGAAGGUGCAAGCCAGGCCGGGGCACGGGGCGGCCCCACACACCCACCGGCCCCGCCCCUGCCCCGGCCACACACAAAACUGGUCCUAUAUUUAAUGCCAAUAUACCUAAGUCUUAAUCACCACAAGAAUAUGCAGCUGCCACUCAGCCCCCCACCCCCUAGCCCCACCACACACCACCCAUGCCCUCACCGCCCCCCCAGAGGCAUGGUGGUGAUGUGGUGGUGGUGGUGGUGGUGGUGGUGUAGCUGCUGCUGACGAUGACUCUUGUAAGGUAGUGUGGACAAGUAGGGCUGAUAUUGGUGGUGUGGGUAGGUUAGGCCCCGCUGUGGUGGGGCAGUGUUCUGAGGAUGUGUAUGUACCAAAAGGUAAACACUUAAGUUCUAUCUAGGAUAACACAUAUUAUACUAGGGACAUGCUCCACACGUACUUGUACACCCUGAGAGAGAGAGAGAGAGAGAGAGAGAGAGAGAGGAUGGUAGGUGUGUGGGUAGUGUUAGUGAGUGUGAGGGUACCCAAGCUACAAAGCUACAAAGCUACAAAGCUACAAAGCUACAAGGCUGCAAGGCUGCACCAUGGUUAGCGGUGACAACAGGUUGGUUGGUGAUCAGUGAUAGCACUUAUCUCUGUGUGAUAUUUCCUAUAUGGACAAUUAUUAUUAUUAUUAUAAUACAGUUAUUACUAUUAUCAUUACUAUCAUUAUGGCUAUUCUUAUUAUUACUAUUGCUAUUAUUACUAUUACUAUUAUUAUUAUUAUUAUUAUAAUUAUGGUUAAGUCUGACUAUUGUUACAUGAUGUACUUUUUCAAUGUGCUUGCUUGAGUACCUCGGCGCCUGACGCACGCCCGGUGGCACCGUGCCACCAUGCCACCGUGCCACCGUGCCGCCACGCCGGGGCUCUGCACUCUAGAUCUGCUCACUCUGUACAAGACACGGGGCGGGGCGCGGCGCGGCGCGAGGCAGGGCGUGCGGGGCAGCGCGUUGCGGCGCGGCGCGGGCAGUGCACGGGGCAGCGGCCUUCCUCAGUCUCACGUCGUCCAGCUCGUCCCCGCGGCAACACACGCGCCGCGGCCCACGCACGAGCCCUCCAGUUAGCAGCCCUCCCCCGCUGCCCGCCCGCCCGUACGCACGCCCACCCCGACGCCAGCCCGUCCGCCCGCCACCCCGCCCCCCAUCUGUCUGUCUGUCUGUCUGUCUGUCUGUCGUCACAUAGUCGUUCUGUCUGUCUCUCCGUUGGUCUCGCAGCCGCGCGCCGCGCACCUCACCAGAUCCCCGCCACCCACCACAGGCCCGCGGCGGACGGGCGGACGGGCGCGCUGCCUCCGCUGCGGCCGCGCCAGGAGCGGCGCCUCAGUCACACUCGUGCCCAUUGCCUUAAAGCAGACUCGCGGCAUCUUCCCUCCCCGCCCUCCUGCAGGCCCGCACACCAGCGCCGCGCCCCGACCCAACCCGCCCCGCUCUGCCCGACCCCGCCUGCCGGCGGCACGUAGUGGCGGCGGCGGCGGUGGUGGCGGGGCCCUCGGCGUCCGUGAGAAUCAUGUGUUCUUGUGAGUUAGACGUGUUGUGAUAUGACAGUCACUCCUCCAAGUGGUCCAAAGUGUGUUGUGGGGACCGACGCGCCCCGCCCCGUACCAGCCUCCUCCCCGCCCCGUCCCACCUCGCCCAACCUCGCCCCGCCGCCCCGCCGCGCGCCGCGAUCCGCCAGGCAGCUGCUGCCGCCCAAAUCUGAGUUUUCUUGGACAUGCAAUCAAAGUGGUGGGCGCGAAGGGCCGGCGGGGCUGCCGCUGCUGCUGCUGCUGCUGCUGGCAAGCGGGUGGGAUGAGGCGGGGCUGGCAGUGCACCACCACCGCCACCACCACCACCAGUAGUGGUGGUGUGUGUGUGAGUGUGAGUGUGUGAGUGUGUGUGUGAGGUCCACAAAUGAUGGUGCUGCCACUAAUCAUGGUCAUUGUGAGAUUUAAUAGUGAUAUGAUAGGCGAGGUCCACUCUUUCGUAAUGUAAUGUUACUACUACUACUACUACUACUACUACAACAACAUGUUACAGUGCAGUGCAGUGCAGUGCAGUACAGCGUCAGUACUGAUCCUCCUCACCAUCGCUCAGCUUUACUCACUGUCUUUACCCUCGAGACGACAACAAAAGAAAAGCACAAAAAAAAAAAAAAAAAAAAUCGUUGUUGUUGUUGUGUUGGAGGGCGGAGUCCCCGGCGUGGCCGCGCCCCGCGCCCCUCGCCCCGCGCGUCGCACGUUCAGUAUUGUGUACAGUUUUGUGGAAAGUAUAAACAAAGUGCCACCAGAAUUUUCUUUAUCAGUUAUUAUGAUUGAUUAUUAUUAUUAUAGUGAUUAUAAUUUAACGUUUUUAAUCCUUUGUAAGGACAAUAUAUCGUGACAGUGCUCGUGUGUGUGUGUGUGUGUGUGUGUGUGUGUGUGUGUGUGUGUGUGUGUGUGUGUGUGUGUGUGUGUGUGGAUAGUACUAUUAUCGCGACCCGUACGUAGUGCGUAGGACAACGCGGAGCCAUAUCAAUAUUACAGAGUAGUGAACUCUCGUAGCCACCCAGCCACCCAGCUAGCUCAUGAUGAUGAUGAUGAUGAUCUAAUACAAGGAAGAAUCAAGCCAGUCUGCCAAAAACCUAGGAUAAGCCACCCCGCCCCCCCCUCCCCUUCCCCAGACUGGGCUCACCCCACACCCCUGUAAGCCCUCCCCCACCACGGGCAGCAGGCGGCACCCUUCCAGCCGUGCUGCGGCGGCCCCCUGCUGCCCCGGGUGGUGGCCACGGUGUGUGUGUGCGUGUGUGUUUGCGUGUGCGUGUGCGUGUGGUGCAGGCCGGGUCAGGUCAUGUAGUAUUAGCAAGCUGUGUCACCUGAGGGCGUGCUGGCGCCCCGCCGCCGCCGCCACCUUGGUUAGCGUAGUCCGCGGCACCGCCCUGCCCGCCCAUCGUUUGCUUGUUAGCUUGGCCCCAGGCCCCAGGCCCGGCGUGCCGCGCCGAGCAGCCCCGCCCCUCUCCCCGCCCCUGGAGUGGGGCGGCGGCCCCUCCCCGGCAGCCCAGAACAACUCUUCCAACAUUGUUUAGCCAGUUAAGAUACUCGCCUUCUCUCCCUGUGUUACUGUGUUACUGUGUUACUGUGUACAACAAUCUUACCUUUCCUCUCGCUCCGCCACCGCCGCCGUACAAGCGUUGGAUGCCACCACUGCAGCCCUGCGCCCCGCCAAGCCAACCCCGCCCCCGCCGCCGCACCGGUGGGGAGCGUGGUGCUUGUGGUGCGGUGCCGGGCGCGGGGCUGCUUAGUCACUUGCAUUUGCUGAGCCGCGGCGCCGCAGCACUAGAGCUCUCCGUUGUGAUCCAGGCCGGGUGAUGAUGGUGAUGAUGAUGUUGAUGUUUUGCCUUCACGGGAAGCGACUGUCGCGCGGCGCGGUGCGGUACUGUGUAGUUGUGUCUUGGUGCAGCGCAGCGCAGCGUAGCCCCACGGAGUCAGCUUACGCCGUUUUCUCAGGAACCUUUGUGGCGCAGGGGAUGGGCGGCGGCAGCAGCAGCAGCAGCAGCAGCAGCAGCAGCGUCUCAGUGGGGGAGACGGCUCGCGGCGGCGCGGCACUACUUACCUGGCGGGCGGGCCAGCCAGCCAGCCAGCCAGCCAGCCUGCCUGCCUGUCUUACAGCUUUAGUUUAUCAAUUCCAUUAUAAUGUUAAUGAUCUGCUGUUUUUGUGUGGUUGUUCAGAGCCGCCGUGUCCCCCACUGACCCUGCCCCCCCAACCCCCGCCGCCCCGCCGCCACGCCGCCCGGAGCUGCCAGGACCGCUGGGCCGCCGCCAUGGCUCCGCGCCUCAGCCGCGCAGGAUGCCAGGGCACGCCGGGCUUCCUGACGUGGUGGUGGCGGCGGCAGCAGCGGUGGGUGGCGGCGGCCGCUCGUCUCCCGCUCUCAUUCUCACGUCAGUGCAAUAUGUUAUCAAAAUACAAAGAUCAUAAAAUACUGCGAUGCAUAAAGCUGAUGCACACUGGACGCCGCCAACACUCAAGGACGCGCCCUGGACAAUCGUGCAACGGUGGCGGCGGCGGCGGCGAGGUUUUACCCCGCCACCGCCGCCGCCGCGGUGACUGUAGUAAGGAAGAAGCGCAAUGCCUUAUUCAUUCCUCUUAGCGGGGCGCCCCGCCCCUCGGGGCGCCCCAACACUACCGUCCUGCAUCAUCCCAGCCUGCCCCGACCCGCCCCGCCCUGUUCUGCCGCCGCCGGCACUGCGGGGCGAGGCGCGCACGGGGCAGUAGCCAUGUAUGUGUGUGUGUGUGUACACGCGCGCACUUGUGUGCACAAGCAGUGUUCGGUGCUACGCGUCACCCGGACCAUUCGCUCGGAGGACCAGCGCCCACUGGUGCCCCGCCCCGCCCCGCCCUAUCCCGCCCCGCCCCGCCCCGCCCUAGGGUGUAUACAAUACUUUUAGUUUUGCCUGUGAUGUUUUACUCUGUUCCCUGACUCCCGGCGGCGGCGCCCGGCCCGGCGCGGCCGCCGCCGCCGCCGCUGCUCUACUCAACUUGACGUGUGGAGAUGAGUAACAUAGAUACUAUAGUAGAAGUAGAGAAUAUAUACAUAUAUAUUAGAGAUAUAUACUAUACAUAAAUACAUAGUGUACUACACUUAGGUUAAUGCAUGGCGGCGCGGCGCGGCGCGGCGGGCCGGGGCGGUGGGCCGGGGCGACACAGGCAGGGGGGAGGGGGAGGUGCCCCUCACACCAAUACUUUAGGAUCUCAACCUGCCCCCCUCCCCCCAACCAACCCAACACCUCCCCAAUCCACACACACACACACACACACACACACACACACACACACACACACACACACACACACACACACACACACACACACACACACACACACACACACACACACACACACACAGCGCCCAGGCCACACCAGGGCAGAGAGCAGCGCCUCCCCACCCACACUUGCUGGCCCAUGGCCAUAUAGCUUCCUUGCCUGGAAGACACACACACACACACACACACACACACACACACACACACACACACACACACACACACACACACACACACACACACACACACACACACACACACAGUCCCUCUUGGCAUCUAAACAAAUGACAAGCAAAGCGAGCAUUUAGUGACGUAAAAUUCUCUAUAUAAACAUUUAAAAAAAUGCAAAAAAAAAAAAGGAAAGAAAACACAAAAAUGAAUAAAUAAAGGCCAGAAACCUGAUCCAGCAGCGACACAGCGACACUGCGGCGCGUGACACGUGACGGCGGCCACAGCGCCAGCCAGCCAGCCAGCAGGCAGCGAGUGUGUGCGUGUGUGUGUGCGUGCGUGCGUGCGUGCGUGCGUGCGUGCGUGCCGGCCCAGGAAGUGUUGCGCUGACAAUGGUUGUGAAGCUUACCGUGUGAUAACUCUCCUCUGGUCAAGACAUUAGGGCCGCCGGCAGCCCACAGCGAGUGCAACGUUACAUGUGCCUUGUGUGUGUGCGUGUCCGCCACCGCCACCGCCACCACCGACAACUACACCACCACCACCACCACCACCACCACACACGCGCCCGCCCGCCCCCACCCGCACCACCCGCGCGCCUCACUCCGCCCCACGGCCCAGUCUCCUGGCGGGGCCGCGGGGCGACACUGCCGGGGCGGGGCGGGCGGGGCCGGGCGCCUCUUUGUUUUCCCCGUGUGAGCAGCAGACUCCAGCUGCUCACUUACUCUUAAGACAAAAUAAGUAAAAAAAAAAAAAAAAAAAAA